GGUCGGGCCCUGGACGCAUGCGCAGUCGAGGAGCGAGCCACACUGCGCGCUCUCCGCCGACCCAGUGCAUCCGACUCAUGUUGAUUCACAACGUUUGGUGACCAUUCUUCACCGUCUGUCGCAGAAGAGAUAUGAAUGAGGACCACAUCAGUUUCCCUCGAGGUGCUAACCCUUCUGUUUCUCACUCUGAUCCCUUGGCCGGGGCCGUCGGUGUUCAAGAUCACCUGCUCUCGAGACAACUCCAAGAUUGUUAGAAAAGUUAUACAGAACAAAUGGCUCCCCGUUCUAGAAAGAUUUCAAGUGAAACUCCCAUUAGAGUGCCCAUUCCACCCGGGCCGCGACAUAUUCGCGCCCCAGCACGCGGCCAAGCAGCAGCACCGCCCGUCCCAGUGGACAUGCGCCUUCUGCGGGAAAUCCUUCUUCGAGGAGCGCCACCUCGACACGCACUUCGACCAGAGGCACAAGAACCAGAUUAAUAAGGCGGAGGAUGCGGUGUGCCUGGCGGAGUACUGCGACAUCAUGCGCUGCCAGGUGCUGGUGGCGCACGGCGCGCUGAGCGGCGGCGGCGGGCCUGGCACUGAUGUCGAGGUGUGGCAGGACGCGGAGGCGGCGCGGCGCGCGCUGGCCCCGGCUGCUACUCGCAGCGUGGCGCGCGUGCCGGGCCGCCGCCGCCCCCGCACCCGCCCGCCGCUGCCGCCCGCCGACUGCCCCAAGUCUUCGCCGGAGGAUGAGCCAGUCCCAGUACCCCAAAAGAGUGCGGAGGAGACGGAGGGCGAGGCCAACCAGACCGCGGAGCUGUGUGACGCGGACACGGUGGAGUCGUCGCUGCCGCCCGAUAGCCGCCAGGACCGGCUGGCCGAUUUACAGGCGGAGCGCGCGGCGUGCGACCCCACCAAGCUGCACACGCUGAAGGUGCGUUGCGAGACCAUCGUGCACUCCUGCAUCGCCACGUUGCUGCUGCACCUCACGCACCAUCAGUUCACUGAGCUGGAAGAGGAGAUGCAGCGAGCGGUAUGCUGGUACCUGUCGUGCGACCGCUACUGGGAGGACACGGCGCCCACCGCGCGCGUGUUCCCCUGGCCCCUGCUGCUGGCGCUCGCCACCGGCCUGGCGCUGGCUCUGUGCAUGUGCUACUAUAUUAUAUGGAUCGUGUUCGAUUCCGAGGAAGGCAGCGUGGCCGGCAGUGCAUCCGUCUCCAUGACAACACACUCCACGCCAGCUCGCACGGAGCGUCUCGCCGGCGACGAGGGGCUGAUGGAGGGAGACCAGGACGACCACUACAUCUACGUCACCUACCCGCCCGAGCUGAAGCGACGCCUGCUCGAGAGCUGCUACAAUAGAACGACUCGGCUAUGAAACCCCAAGCGACCAUUCCGUAGCGUCGUGCAUGCCACCGACUCAGUACAAGUAGACAUUUUAAACUUACUCUGCACCUGAGAGGAUGCUGUGCCACUUAUCUAAUCCAAUAUACCAACUAUAAUACAUAAUUAUUAAAUUUGAUGAUACUAACCACAAGAAAUUACAUUACACAUACAAUAGGGUGAGUGGCAUAGCAUUCUUGCCUAUAUGUAAUUCUGUCAAAAGUAGACAGUGACCAUUAUACUAGUAAUUUUGUCAUAGAAUAGAUAAACUAGACUAAUUUUACUAUAGAUUAAAGGGUAGACUUUGUUGGGUUUCGCUGAGGGGAUUUUCGCCAUAUUUGUCCCCAUAUUUCUAGGAAAAAUGUUUUUAGUAUUACGUAUAACUGGUAAAGAUUAAGAUUCAAAAGCAUAAGCCUAUGUUUAAGGUUGUUAUAUUUUAUCUCAUUACGAAUUAAAGCAUGUACCUAUUUGUUUCCUCAUUAGAUUGGUGUAUGAUGAUGAUUUUUAAAACAAGAUAUUAUAAAUGUUUAUGUAAUCAUUUAGAAUUAAGUUAAAAUGUAUUGAUGUUUCUUGUUGCCUAAAAUUGGUAUCAUUUAUAAAUAACUGUGCAAAUUGCGUUGCUCGGAAAACAUCUUUCCCAGCAGUGCACAGUUAUUAGUUUCAGGUAAUAAUGCAUAUUUUUUCAUUAAAAUUUGAGAAUAUAUUAGGACCUUUUCAAAUAUAGAUACCCUGUAUGGGCUGGGCUCUAUAUGGAUAUCGGUAAAAUAAAUCCAAUCUAGUCAAAUAAGUUGUUUAAAUACUUUUUUUUGGUUAGUAGUUAUCAUUUUACUAUGGUUGAUUCAACAGAUUUAGUUUGGCAUAGCAUAGAGUUGUUAAUCUAUAUUGGAUGAUAGCGCUAUUUAAGCUCACCCCAUUUAAUAAACUGUGCCCAUCUAUUAUGUUAUGCUAUUCUAAGCGUGUAAUUUGUACGUAGAUAGCUUACUACCAUAGGACGCCUAAUUUGCCGUAGACAUCGUAAUAUUUUGAACAUUUAUAAAAAAAUCGAAUUAAGAUUAUUUCUACAUAGCAAAGAAUAUCUCACUAUGUUUAGGUAAACGAAAGUAAAGUUUUUAUAAGCUGAUAAAUGUAUAAAACAUUUUAAUGUUAGGUAUUUUAUAUUAAGGUUUGAUAACGAGGAUGUGAGAUGAAAUGACUGACAACAAGGGGUGUUUCAAGAAACCAUGAACUGCUUGCACAAUGUUGUGAAUUGACUGCUAUUUUAAGUUACAUUGUAUGACAUUUAGUAUGAUCUUUUUUCAUAGAAGAGCAUAAUUUUGAUUAUAUAAGACAGUGUAAACGCACAUUUGCCGAAAAAAGUCUUCAUUGAUUUCAUGAUGAAAUAGUUGCUGACCGAAAGGUCUAAAUCUAAUGCAUUGUGUGAUACCUACGAAACUACCCCGGGGAAGUUGGGAAAGCCUUAAUUUGGUUGCAGAGAAGUGUGAAGGUUAGUAACGUAAUUAAAUUUAUGAUAUUAGGUGGAAGGAUUUUUUAAACGAGAAAUUUAAUGUAUAGGUAAUCUUAUAUGUAUAAAAAUACACAUAGGUAGAUACAGUUUCUUUUCAUGCUUUCAUUUAGUGAAACAAUUGUACGAGCUAAACCUACACACUCGAUACUGAAUGAUAUUAUUACUGUAAUGAUAAUUAUCUGCAUCAUGUCUAAUAGUACCUGGGUCUAGGUACCUACUCGGAUAUUUUAGAAAGUAAGUUUAUCUUCAUCAUCAAAGCUCGUACAAUGAACAUUGUGAACCUGUUUAUCGGCUUAGUAGCAGAAAAUUUAAGGGAUUGGUGAUAGUUAUACCUUUUUCAGAUAUUUAAAACUACAAAUCUAUUUGCGGUCAGGUAAAUUUUGGACCAAAGGCCAAUUUUUUUUUCUUCAUAUUUUCUGCAUAGCAAAAUGCUUGAAUAUAAGUAAAUAUUUUUUUAUAUGCUUGAAGACUGAAACAUGUUUCUAUCGCGAUAAAAUUAAUUUAAACUCUCGCCUAGCACUUUGCAUUCACUCACUAUCACUAUUCUUCUUUUAUGUUUAUGUUUAAAUUAUGUCAAAAAAUGUUAUAAAUAAAAUACUGAAUGUAUAAAA